GUGGUUUUCGCUACAGUCUUCUGGACGGACGUCGUUUCUUCUUGCCGUCUCCUGUCCCUCUUCCAGCGAGUUCUAUCUCAGUUCUCUGGACAUGGCAUCAAACAACCACGGGACCCAUAGUCACAGAAAGAGAGAGCGCUCUCGGUCUCGCUCGGUGAGAGUUCGUGUUCGGCCGACGGUGGGUCAGCCUUUCGAAGUUUCUCUGUCAGCGUCAGCUCGCGUCUCGACCCUGAAGGAAAGCAUCAGCGACAAAAUGGGUCUCUCUACGCACAAGAUGACGCUGUUGCUGAAGAGCGAUGAACUGAAGUCGGGCACUCUCACUCAGAACAGAAUAUCAGAUGGAACGGAGGUGUUGCUGGUACCUGCCCUGGAGACUGGCGUUGCUACUACCAACUCCAUGGAUCCUGUCGCCAUGAUGAAACACAGUAUGAGUGGAAUAACAGACAAACAGAUUGACGACUUCCUGAAUGGGAAACACCCUCUGUCGGUUGCCAUCCGGAUGGGAGAGUCGGUCGUGGUGGUCAACCUCCACAGAGCCAAGGUCGAGGACGACGAUCCUCCUCCAAAGAGACGCUGUCUGAGAGCUUGUAGAGUCGCUCCAGACUCCAGCUACUGCAGCAGUUUCCAGUCCCAGUCUUCCCUCGCUCCCCCGACCUCUCUCUCCUCAUCGCUGCCCUCCCCUCUCUCAUGCCCUGCACCUUCCUCGUCUUCCUCUGAUUUUAGACUCAACACUAAUCCUCGCCUCAGCACCUCCACCGACAACGUCGAUGCUCCAUCUUCAAGUCGAGAGCUAGCGGCCGGCCCCUCAUCUCACCUGCCCAGUGCAGGCUCCCACAGAGAGUGCAGUGACGAGCCUUGUUGUUCCUACACUCACUCCCAGCCUCUCCCUGCGACCGCCCAGCCUCUUACUCACACUGACAACAGUGGAGUCAGCAUGAAGAGAAAGGCAGUCAUGGAGGCCAUUGGUGAGAUUCUCAAGAAGAUGUACGCCAGCAGUGAAAAAGGCAGACUCCCGGGUUCUUUCAAAGGCCGGUUUUCGUCUGAGUUCACCUGCAACAAUGACAUGAACGAUAUAGUGCACACCAAGACGACCAUGGCGAGAGAGGGGGAAGCCAGCAAGCAAUCGGACAGUGGCUCCAGGUCUCGACUGGCUCGAGCAGCUGCACCGUCAAAGUCACAUUUUGAAGAAAACGAGCAGCUGAAGGGGAAGAUGGCACAGGUGCGGUACCGCAUGCAGCAACUGCGGGCAGAGAAAGCAGCUCGACGGAGAGAGAAGGGAGGGAAGUCGCCAUGCGGGUGGAUGGAGAGCAUGAACUGUGAGGCUCCAGCAAAGCCUCAGUUGGUCCCAGACACCGGCUACUGUGGCCUCAAGAAGGGGUUCCUACUGAGCUGACAUCUCUGCUUCCUCGACCUGCUAAUGCUGUACCACCACCUCCUCAUGGGGGGGCUCUAUAUAGAAUGUGUGUAUUUAUGUCCUUAUGUAGGCCUUAUUGUAGAGUGUGUAUAGCCUGCAUAAUAUGUCUGUUUUAAGUGACUGCAUGUUUUCUUAUGUACUUUUGUGUAUUAUUUAUCUGUUUGUGGAUUAUAAUAUAUAAAUAUAUUGAUCUGUGAAGUGACUGAUUCAGAGAAUGAUACAGACGCUGCUCUUCCUGCGAGUGCCGGUGGUCUGGGGUGGGGAAGGAGGGAUGGG